CAACACAACACGGGAGCGAAACUACUCGAACGCCGGAGCCGAAAGCACCUUUGCCAUCCACUUGUUCAUCCAUUCUCAACCAACCCAAGAAAGAAGGACAGCCCGAGCUCGUCGACAAGGAACACAGCUCAAAUGCAGCGCUCGCGGUCAUUAGUCGGCAUUUUCGCCAGGGGCACCACCACCGUCUCUGCCCGCAUGGGCGUUUCUCGCCUUGCACUCGUCGUGCCUUCGGCAUCCCUCCAUACAGCCCGCACUCUCGCCGAGGAAAAGCGCGGCUUCCUCUCAAGGCUCAACCCAUUUGCAAAGCCAGGCUCCGAGACACCAGCACAACCAUCAACAGCAGCGGCAACAGACGUUGCCCAGGAUUUGAACGUUGAGAUUGAAGAAGAGGAAGAGGAGGAGAUCCCUAGUUGGAAGAGUGAGCGCCAGUCUUUGACGCCAGAGCAGCUGGAGGCAUCAAUCCGAUCUGCAGCUGCACCCUUUGUUGACACUGCAUCUACGCUUUACCUCAACAAGAUCCGUUUGGACGAUCCCAUGACCAAGUUCCAGGUCUUGAAGGCAUGUGUUGUCUCGACAGGACAGGAAAUCCCCAGCAAGGACCUCGCUUCGAUCCACACUCUCAAGGAUAUCAUGUCCACGCUCCAGAGGCUCGAUGAGGAGGCCAAUGCUCUCCCCGAGAAUCCAAACGGACAUGUCGUCGCAGAAUGGUUCGAGAAGAACAAGUCGUCCUUGCCCCCGAAUAUGAUCUUCAUUCCCUACCAAAAAUCAAAGGGUAUUAAGGCCGAGGACCGCAAGACUACCAACAAGAGGUUCUUGUAAGAUAACAGGAUGGCAAAAGCUGCAGUGGCAUGGGGAACGUUGGGCGCAAGGACAUAUUAUUAGACAAGUCUACAUGACAGGCCGCGGAAUAAAUUGCAUG